AAUGGCUGCCUCCAGUUUGGCCGUUCUUUGUAGGAGAGUUUCAGCUACGCUGCGGGCUUCCAGGUCAUUAAUAACUCCUCAGGCCCCUGCUAGCACAGGUUGCAGGUUUUCUGCUAGUUUGUUGCCUAAGAAUACACCAAAUGUCACAUCCUUUCACCAGUGUAGAUUACUUCAUACCACAUUGUCAAGGAAAGGACUGGAAGAAUUUUUUGAUGACCCAAAGAACUGGGGGGAAGAAAAAGUGAAGUCUGGAGCUUCAUGGACCUGUCAGCAAUUAAGGAACAAAAGUAAUGAAGAUUUACACAAACUUUGGUAUGUCCUACUGAAAGAAAGAAACAUGCUCCUAACUCUAGAGCAGGAGGCCAAGCGACAAAGAUUGCCAAUGCCAAGUCCAGAGAGGUUAGAAAAGGUAGUAGAGUCCAUGGAUGCCUUAGAUAAAGUUGUCCAAGAAAGAGAAGAUGCCCUAAGGCUUCUUCAGACUGGUCAAGAAAAUGCUAGACCUGGUGCUUGGAGAAGAGACAUUUUUGGAAGAAUCGUCUGGCACAAGUUCAAGCAGUGGCCUAUACCGUGGCACCUUAAUAAAAGAUACCAUAGGAAACGAUUCUUUGCCAUGCCUUAUGUGGAACGUUUUGUCAGACUGAGAAUUGAGAAACAAGCCCGCGUUGAAGCAAGGAAGAGAAGUUUAGAGAAAAAGAAAGAAAAAUUUCUUCAGAAAAAGUUUCCACAUCUUUCUGAAGCCCAAAAGUCAAGUAACGUCUAAGAUAUCCGAACUCUUAAUUUACCGUUUUGUUUCUCUUGCAUAAUAGUCUGUAUACAAAAGUAAAUAUAUGUUAAGUGGUUUAUAAAGAAAUUGUGCUUUCAGUCAAGUUACUUAUCAGUUCUAAGUGUUAUUAUGGCAUGUUAAUUUUGGAAGUGGUCAUGCAUCUACCAAAUUUUUUUAAAGUCAGGUAGAAAGUUCAGGUUAAAUUCCCAUUUUAUAAAUUCUGACAUCUAAGCAGGCUUUAAUAUCACCUGCUAUCUUAGAGUGUAAAAGUGAUGUUAACUGCCAUAGCAAAGGCAACAGGGUAAUUUUCGGAAUUCAGGUAACAUUGUUACUACUAUUGUUAAUAGGAUAUGAAGGGGAUGUGGAUGGAUACUAUUGUUAAUAGGAUAUGAAGGGGAUGUGGAUACUACUGUUAAUAAACAGUGAGUACUUUCACUCAAAAUAAUGAUAAAUACAUUUAGUACUUGAAGUAUCAAGGCACAAAAUGCACAACAGCCCAAAAAAUAUUUCUGGAAUGGCUUGUAAUUUUUAUUUAAUUUUAUAAGCCUAAAGUAAAAAGCAUAGGUAGUAACUUUUACUAUUCAAUAAAAAGCAAUUCUACCAAUCCACUGUAAUUAAUAUAAUAAACAGAGUUGGAAGGCAUUUUACUGAAAGCAAAAUAUUUAGAGAAAAUAGACAUUUAUACAAAAUUAUAAAAUGUUUCUAAUAAGAAUAAGUGCAUUUCAAGGAAAGCACAAACUCAUUUUAAUUUAUAGAGCCAGUUAAAGCCUUAAGAAAUUUAAGUGGAAAUUGAAAUAUGCAAAAAUGUAUAAACAUUCUACAAAAGAUGGUCAUUCUUUUCCUGAGUGUACUAAAGCUAUGAAACGUAGGUGACACAGGAAGGUGGAGGUUUGAGAGGGAACUCUUUUUCAAGGGCAUUUCCUUUCUACACACUGCUUCCCUCCUUCUUCAUAUUCUUGUUUGGAAAUCCACAUCUGUUGAAAGGUACCC